AUGGACAAGCCUGAGAUGUCAGAAGAGGAGGCCAAACUUCGUCGAGAGGCGUUAUAUCUCAUCUACAAGAAGGGGUGGCUCACCCAAAUGGACGAAGAGCCGCAGUCACUCGAAUUGCCGCCGAUGCCCGACUGGGAGGAGGCUGAGACUGAACUGCACAGGUUCAGAGAGAAGCUAUUCCACGACCUCGGAAAAGCCUUGGCCUCCGGAACAGUGUUGGCACCAAGUGCGUGGAAGGAAGGGUUGGAUGAGAACGAGCUGAGCAGCAGACAUCAGUUCCGCGACCAGUGGGAGGCGCUUCACACGCGCGCCAUCGAUGUCAUCGACAACCAAGACCUCGAAUUGCGACAAGAAGCUCGUAUAAGGGCCGUCGACCGGGAAGCCAUCGAUCGAGGCGAGAGCCCCGAACUGAGAGACGAGAAAAGAGACGAGACGAGAGACGAGAGACGAGUUGCAUUAAAUGGAUUGGUUCCACUUGAUAGACAUUACAGCGUACUGCGGUUUCUCGUCAGAUACGUUGCCCUUGGCAACUUUGUCCGUCUCAAUCAGGGAAAACUCGGACACCCUGGAAAAUACCAUCAUGCCGGGUCUUGUGACCGAGCGUGGCAGAAAAAGGCUUUCGAGCUUAUGAGAGAUUUCAUACGCGGCCCCCAAAGAGGCGUCAUCCUGGGCGACGGGAUGGGCUUGGGGAAGACUUUAACCGUCAUCGCGCUCAUCAUGCACCUGCGCCUGAAACCGUACGAAGGACCGGUUCUCGUCGGUCGCCAGCCAAAGGUUAUUGUGUGGGACAAUACGGAACUCACUACGAGCGAUCUCUUAGGAGGGGAUUACGACAUCGUCAUCACGAGCUACCACUUUCUCAUGCAUCGCGUUAAAGAGCUGGACUUUGGAACCCGUGUGGGUCAAUUUCUCUCACAUGGAACUAAAGAAGAGAUCAGCGUCGUCCGAAAGCUCAGAAGACUUUCGUUUGAAGUAGCAAGAGCCGUGACUCGUCCCAUGCCGGCUUCAAGGAUGCGAUGGAAGUUUUCGGCGCAACAUGAGACACACCAGGCCCUCCAUUCUCAACCGUACAAGAGAUUCGUCGGCACCACAGGCACUUUUAUGCCCAACAAGUGGACAGACAUAUACAGAAUGAUAGCCCUUUUGCCGGGCAACCCUUUCGACUCAUACGACCACUUCGUCAAAUCCUUCGGUACCAUUACCAAAGGGCGUCCAUCUGAGAGAUGCAAUGAAGCUGCACUCAUAUACUACCUUGACUCGCUGGUGGUCGCCCGACCCCAAAGAAUCCUUCGAUGUUUGGGUCACCGGUGGUACCCCGCUGGGCUCGGACAGACGACCCUACCGGCAGAGGAAGCAACGCCGCCAUGUGCAAGGCAACAGAGACCGAUUGAAAGCUGGUUCAAGGAGAACGAUAUUACCCUUGACAGCCCAACGCCUCGAAUCUUUUGGUUGGGUGAAGCGCCCAAGAUCACACACGGCCACCAGGAAACCGUUGCAAUGACGCAAAGACCAAGGAUGUCGAUACAAUCCAAGAGAUUCGUCUGUUGA